CCACAAUUACAUUUAACAUAUUGGCCGCAGUCUUUUUGUUGCUUAUAUAUGUAUUUCUUGCAAAUAAUUAUAACUUUGUAUUACAAUAAUAAUAUAAUUUCUUAUUCAUAAAAUUACUUUGACAAAUGUUUCCAUUGCUGCUUGUGCUCAUAGUUUUUUAAAAAAGAAGACGCUUAUUCCCCAGAGAAAUAAAUAGAAGGGCGCUUAUAGGAAGACCCGUUAUGAAUUCGAAAAAACUAAAAAAGUUAAUAAAGUGUUCCGGACAUGCUGAAAAUAAAAGCGCUUUUACGAUUCCAUUGACUUCCCCAAUAGACAAAAUGACAUCAUUUGAUUUUUCAAAGGACGAUCGGGCCCGCAUUGAGAUGAUUACUCAAUCACUAAAGGAUAAGAUCCGUAUUGUGUCAUUUAAAAGUGCCAUACUGCACAACAAACAUUUAUUUAGGGGCCGAGUCGUGUUAAAUCUAAAUUGCGGCGUAGGGCUUUUUGCUUUGUUUGCAGCAAAAGCUGGCGCGGCUAGAGUAUUUGCGGUGGACAAUUCAAAUGUACUUUACUACACUAAGCUAAUAGUACAAAAUAACGGCUACAAUGAUAUCAUAGAAGUGAUGAAAGGCGAAAUUACUGAGAUAGAAUUGCCAGUGGAUGAGGUCGAUAUAAUUGUUUGUGAUUGGAUGGGACAGGCGUUGUUGUAUCAGUCUACUUGCGUUGACGUUUUGUAUGCACGCGAUAAAUGGCUAAAGAAGUCCGGCGGCCUUAUAUUCCCAGAUAAGGCGAGACUAUUUGUGGCUGCCAUAGAAGAUGAGAGAUAUAAAAAUGAAAAUAUCGAAUGGUGGCAGCAUGUCUAUGGAUUCAAAAUGAACUGUCUGCGAGAAGUCGCGAUAAGAGAACCUAGACAUCACCACGUAAAAGUUGAACAGCUCUUAAGUAAACAAUACCCGAUUCAUAUGUUAAAUUUGAACAAAGCCACUUGCGAGGAUCUCUAUAUACGUAGCAAAUAUAAGCUGCAUAUGCAGCGAAGUGGACGCAUGGACGGUAUUGUCUUGUUUUUUCACGUGUAUUUUACCAAGUCGCAUACUCGUUUGGCCUUUAGUACUGAUCCUUGGUCACCGCUAACGAAUUGGCUGCAAACAGUUUUCUUUUUGGAUCAGUCAUUGUCAGUAAAUGUUAACUCUCUAUAUUAUGGAGGCAUAGAAUUGUAUUCGCCUGGGUCUUCCCACAAUCCUGAAAAUAUAAUAGUCAAUUUGGAAAUGCUUAAAGGAGAACCCUAUCACGCUGAGUUCGAGGCUGCAAUGAGUUGGUAUAUGAUAUCUUCAAGAAUUCCGCGAUGUGUUGUAUUUAAAGCGACCGAUUGUUCAAAUAGUGAAGCAGAUGGUAGCCAAGGUGUAAACCGUUUUCAAAAACACAAGAAUAAGAUCAUAAAAUAACCUUUAUAAUAUUUUAUUUUUCCUCUUUUGCCAUUCUGUGAAUUGCUUUACUUAAGAAAAGAAAAAAUCGAAAAGGAAAUCGUAUUUGGCUACAAUCAAAUUUUUCUUUCAAUAAGACAAAAGCUUAAUCCACCCAUACAAAAACAUUCUUUAUAAUCCAGUGCUAUGUGUAUAUCUAUUUACUAUUUUAUACUCGGAAAUCUUAUAUAUUACUAAUAAAUUUAAUUAUAUAAUGUGGUCGCAAAUAUGCGUAACAUAGGCAUUGCGAUUUGCGAAGUUGCUGCUAUGUAGGCAACUGAAGACUUCUGUAGCCAUACUAUCAGAUUCGUCAUCCGAAUCUGCAGAAGAAUUAUUUGUGUCGGCAGUAAUCCCUAAUAUGAAUAUGAAAACCGUGCUAUAGCACGCUUACAUAAAGACCCUAUAUAUGUCAAAUCCAUAGUGUACCUUGAAAUUCUACGUCAACGAUGUCAAAUCAAUAUAUAAAUUCUCAUUGUAUAGUAGAUAUGAAAAGUUUUGCAAAAUUUUCCAUAUGAAUUAAUUUCCAUGUCCGAUUUUAAUCUCUCUAUAUACCAAACUCCGAUAAACUAAGAUUCAAUUUGUAUUUAAAUGGAACUAUAUUUAAGACAUAAGACGAUUGCUUUUGCAAAUGGCUCACGUGACGUUGCUGACAAAGAUUUUAACAGCCCCGUAAUUACAUCGUUCCACACGCCGCAAUAUGCGCACGACGAUAUAUAAUUUGAUGCCAGUUCCGCAUUUUAGCAAUUUAUGUCCACUAAAUGAACAAUGCAAUGAUUUAACGAUUUCAUUGCUUUUUAUCACGAUGGUUUUGCUAAUAAAAUUUUUGUCAAGAAGUGGCAUUUAAAGGAAUCUAAUUGGAUGUAACAACAACAAUUAAAAUCAAAGUUUAUACCAUAAUUGUGGAGACAAAAAAAUACUGAUUUUAAAAAUUAUAAAAUUUGAAAUUGAAAGCAUUGCCUAUUUAAUUCAAAAGUGAUAAAAUUGAAAUAAAUUUCAAUUUUUCCAAGAAAAAUUUGUUGUCUUUGGCGUACAUUUCUUAUGACUGUUCUGUAUGUAUAAACAUGCGACACAGGGCGACGUCACGUAAAGAAAACUAGCAAGCUUUAACAAUAAAGCCAAUGAAAGGUCAACUAGAUAAAAUUGGUUCUGUUGCGUUAACAGAAACAUCAUUUCCCAUGUCUUCACUUUUAGAAAUGAGGUUGAUAACUAUCUUGGCACGUCUCCUAUUUAUAAACAGA